AGGUCUGAGAUGCCGGAUUUUCAGAUUUUGACUUUUCCAUUCUCGGGGAUUAAUAAAUUCCGAGAAAUGUUAGAUUUUAUAAAAAGAAAAUCACGAAUUUUUCGUGAUUUUUGCAUUCAGAGUUUUGUAAAUAACCCCCUUAAAGGUUAUUUACUAAAGUGCCCUGUAAAGGUCAGACAUAUGCAUUAUUCUUAUGCUCAGGGCCUUUAAAGUGCCACUGACAUUCAAUGUUUGUUAAAAGCUUAAUUUUGCAACAUUGGAAUAGUCCCAGGAAGCAUUUUAAAAAGACACAAAUUCCUGUAAAGAUAUGUUGUGUAACUUUAAGGUCUUUGUGUUUGUUAUUUGAAAGGUCUCAUGUACUGCACCUGCAUCCUUCCAAUUUGCUGUUCCCCUUGAUCCAAGUCUGUGCCAGUUUCAGAUCAGAAGCCAAAUAGCCUAUUUAUUACCGCUGUUUUUGGGCAGGCUUUGUGGGACCAAAUGAAAACACGAAAAUUAUCUGCUGAAGCCUGUAAUUACCAAAAUAGUUUCUUGAUUUUAAAGGCUACAUUAUAUCAUUGUUUAAUCACUGCAUGGAAUGCUGCCAAGCAUUUCUGCAUCUAGUUUACUGUGGAUUAAAUAAGAAACAUUCAUUUCAGUUAAACACUGGUUGGUCUACUUGGCUGCAAAUCCCUGCCAGGGAAACUCGGCAUGAUCGCUUCUUUUCCUACAAACCUAUAAUUAAAGCUACCAUUGCUUCAUAGUUCUUCUGCUCUAGGAAUGCACUGCACCAGCAUGCCUUAGACGUACAAACAGUAAGGAUACAUCAAAUCCAGGAUUCAGCCCUUUUUGAAGAUACUGAUUCAGCAGAAGCACAUGCAAAACCUGGACUCCUGAAGGUCUAUCAUGGAGGUACCCAUUGAAAUUUGGCACACUCAGAGAGAUACAGCAGAGGAUCCUGAUUCCAUGCUAGAGUGCUCCAUCUGCUUCACCAAAUAUGACAACAUCUUUAAAACCCCAAAGUUACUGCAGUGCUCACAUACUUUGUGCCUGGAGUGUGUGGCAAGGCUGGUGGCUGCCCUCCCCCCUGAAAAGCAAGCAGAGGAUGUCUUGUGCCCAUUUUGUCGACAGCCGACACACAUCCCAGACGAGGGGGCCCCAGCCUUACAGACAAGCCAAGAACUGCUGUCCAAUUUGCCAGCUCACCUUCAGCAUGAAGAACCAGUCUGGAUUGAAGGGAACAAGCUCUGUUACAAGCAGCCACCUGAGACAAACCCAGACCAGCAGGAUUUGUGCAUUUGUGUGGACAUUGGACUGAGUAAAAAGGACAGCACCUCUGAACCAAGGCAACGCCGGGGCUUUUUCAAUGGCUGCAGUGACUGGAAGAGGCUUUUACUCAUAGCAUUUAUUGUAGCUGUUCUGUUUUGUAUUCUCCUUUGGCCAGUUGAGUGUAUACUGAAGACUGGGAGCCUACGAUGCACGGCAGAGCCUGUUCCUACUAAGAUGCCAAUCAUUCCUGCGGUGGUGACCCAUGGAGUAUGAGAAACAAACUGGGCUUAUUCCAGUGGAGCACAGGCUGACAUGACACUUUCAAGUUUACCUUAACAACUAGAAACAUGCAUCCUGAGGUCAUUAUAUUUCCUUUAAUGCCUGUAUUAGGGGGGGGGGACAAGACUAUUUGCUAUGAAUGUCUGCAAAAGGGAAAGGAACUAAAUAUCCUUGGAGUUUAUCCCAUAUGUGGGCAGAGACAAUAAGCACAAAACAGUGGUUUGCCCAAUCCGAGCGGCUACGGGAUGAACUGGAAGGCCUAGUACAGAAUCGUGUGCCCAGGGCCACAGAACAGGGAAUGUUUUACCAUCAGCGUUACUGGUGGAACCUCAAAGCAUGAGACUUUUCAGUGAUGUAUGUAUGAAUCAGAGCUGGGGUUUCAUUUUAUCCCCAGCUCACGGAGCACGCUGGAGGAGAACGAUGCUCACGCACAAGCAAACGGCUUCCUCAUUGUUAUUUAUGAGGCAGAACAAUACAGUUCUUUAUAUAUUAAACUAUUUAUUAUGCCAUCUACCGUCAUUUUCAUUUUUUUACUUUUCAUCUAUUACUGAAACAUUGAGAGCAAUUUUUCUAAAUCUUUACUAGAGCAAUGCUCAACUCUAAUUCAUAGAAAUAAAAUGCUGUGUAGCCAUGGGCACAGCUAUUCCAACUCAGGACUAUAGGGCACACGUUUACAUAGUAGAUAAUAGAGACACUAUUUUACUCAGGGUUCUCUACUGAACUGAAAACCUUUCACAUAUAAAACAGGAAUAUGUUAAGGAAAAAACGUGUAUCUACUCCUCUCUAAAAAAAAACCUCUAAUGCUAAGCCUUAGAUUUCCAAUUAAGAAUAGGGGAGUGGUUCUAUUUUUGUAAACAUGGUAUUUAAAUUGCAAAUAAAAUUAGGAACUUUUUGGAAA